ACUCUAUUGUUGAAUCUUUGUUGCAUCGCAUUCCAUUAUUUAUUUACUGGUACACUAUGAAAAAGAAUGCGAUACGGUAAUUUUGGAAAAGCAGCAAUCAGUAUUUACUUAUAAGAUUAAUAACUGAAUUCAUAAAUUUUAUUUGCGUUAGCUCCUGCCGUUUGCUUUACUUUAUACAUGUUAUUUAGAAGAACUCCGCAGCUGUUGGUUGUAUCUCUGGAUUUUCACGCACCACAGUCUCAUCAGUGUCCAGAGGCUUUGUGUAGCUAACCCUAUUCCUAGUGGAGGAUUUAAUAAUCAAUUAACUGCAUAAGGAGGGCAAUUUUUAACUGGUGAGAUACUCUGAGAAGAAAACUCACUUGAUGUCUCCUACCCACAGAGUGAGGGGGCUAAACAUAACAGUGCUGCAUAAACAAGAACUAAUUACUGGUGAAAUACAUAAAGCAGAACAUUAAACUUGUUGCCCCCUAUCUACCUAGUGGGGGGCGAAAAAUAACUACCGCAUAAGUAUGAAAUAGAGCCACAUCUAUUAAGGAGAAAAGCCACUCUGUGUGUAAUAUAUCCAAUACAAUUUGUUUAGACAUAAGUUGAGAAAAACAUUCACUUGGUGCCUAUACUACAAAUAUUGAGGCAGCAUUAGCAAGAAAAGAUAGUCACUGGUGGUAAUAUUCAGCGAAACACCUUGAUUUCUCACAUAUCCUAUAGGAGGCCCCAGUCUUCAAAACUCAGUACAAUAUAAGCUAGAAAAAAUUGUAACUGGUUUAACAGCACACGCUUGACAUUUCCAAUCCACCUUAAAAUAUGAGUACCGCAUAAGCUAUUACUAUCAGUGACAUAAGCUGAGCAAAACACACACUUAUUUGAAAUACCAGGACCGCAUAAGCAAAAAUAAUUAGUUUCACGUGAGUUUACACGUUGAUUGCCCCCAUCCUAGAAGCAAGGUCUUGUAAUCCUAGUUAAUCAAAAACAAGCAUAAUUACUGGUGGCAAGUACAGCGAACUACUCAAAGAUGGAGGAACAAUCUAAGGAUCCUUUGGAAACUAACAGCCCCAUAGAACCGAAAGAGGAAGUGAUUGAUGACAUAUACAUAACAGAUGAAUGCAAAGACAACAAAGACCUUAUCGUACCCAAGGAGGAGUUAUCAGAAUUUGACACGUCCGAGGAUGAAUCCACAAGUACAGUUUUGAGACCUAUCAAAACAGAAACAACAUUGAGUAGGGAAAUAGUCCGAUUGCAAAAAGAAUUGAAGUCCAAUAAAGAAGACACAUCUUUGAUGGACGAUGCAGCGCCUGUGGGACCCAUCGAAGAAGUGUAUAUCAAAGCGGAGCCGGUCGAUGAGGCUAGUGUCCCCCCAGAGCCAAGCUCAUUGUCAUACGGGCCUUCCCUGCCGGAGCAAUGUCCACCGACUCAAAGCGGCCGAGCUCUCCGGAAAACGUAUUCAUGCAAUGUUUGCGGAAAAACUUGUAAAUACAGGAGUGUUUUAGAUGUACACAUGCGUGUUCACAGCGGAGAGAAAAAGUAUUGUUGCGUCAUAUGUCAGGCGAGGUAUAAAAACAAAGGUCACCUGACCGCUCAUGUCAGGACGCACACUGGGGAAACGCCAUUCGCUUGCGACGUGUGCCCCGCCAAGUUUAUAAACAGAAGCAAAUUAAAAUAUCAUUUUAGGACGCAUACUGACGAAAAGCCAUAUACGUGUGAUUAUUGCAAGGCUAAAUUCAGACGCAAUUCCGAUUUGAAUAUUCACGUCCGGCUACACACCGGCGAGACGCCGUAUUCUUGUGACAUAUGUCAGGCUACGUUCACGUCCAGAAACAAACUGAAUUAUCACUCAGCGACACAUAGAGAGGUAGUUUAUUCAUGCGAUGAAUGUCAGGCGACAUUUAAAACCAAAGUUCAUUUAAAUAAUCACGUCAGGACUCACACUAGAGAGAGUACUUUCUCGUGCGAUCAGUGUCAGGCUAAAUUUGUGCGGAAGUUUGAUUUGACACUACACGUCAGGUCGCACGCCGGGAACGGAGCGUAUUCUUGUGAGUUAUGUCAGACUAAAUUUGCUUCCGCGGUUGAAUGGAAGAAACAUGUAAGGACGUUUGUGUCGCGUGGUAGUGACGUGGUGCGCUUUUGUAGUUAUUUAAGUGUUUGAAUUAAAAUAAUCUUUUACUUCUCACGUUCCCAAAGUCGUAGUUUAGACUAUUUUUAGCGAAAAAAACCAAGCCGUUUUGUGCACUUGAGUCGCCAUUCUAGCACCUUAAGACCCCAACGUCCAUUGGUUCUCCGAGCUAUUAUUAUCAUUAUUAAAACUCUUUAUUUGUAUACCACAACA